AUGAAUUAUUAGUGGAAAAGAUGGAAUAAAUUGUAAACUAAAAGUUAUGAUGCUUAAUUGUUGUUGUCAGUAAAAAAUUUGAAAGGUUAAUUUGUUAGUAACAAUAUUGAUAAGUUAAAUUAAUUAAAAGUAAUGUAUUACUAUAUGAUAUUAGUAGUGCUAGUACUUAAUUAGAUGUUGA